AUGCACCUGAUCGAGAGGCCACGGCCGUACCAUCCCCUUAGGCAGUUCGGAUGCGGCCUAAGGGUGGCGACCAGCGUCCUGCUGGUCGUCUCCAUAGGGGUGAGGUUGCUUCUGCUGCUGUUGGAGAGCCUGCACGAUCACACAUCACAGACCAACUGCACGACAAUCUCACCUCCCCCUGACCACGAUUCUGAGGCGGCACCUACCCCUCUUUGGCUGGUGAGAAGGGCUGCUGUUAACACGACCAACAUGACCAACACGGCGUUGCAGCUACAGGACAACAUAUGGUUCCGUACCAUGACCACUGUGAAGAGGCAGCUGACCAACGAGAUCGAUCCUGGACCUGGACCUGGACCUGGACCUGGACCCGGACCUGGACCCGGACCUGGACCCGGACCUGGACCCGGACCUGGACCUGAACCCAGCUGUGUGUCCUUGAAGAGCGACCGGUCAAAAGGCUUGGUAAUUGACUUUAAAGGAGACCAAGGUUCUGCUGGAAAGAGGGUCCAUCAGAAAAGAGACUCUCUGGAACAUGAACCCAGCUGUUUGUCCUUGAAGAGCGACCGGUCAAAAGGCUUGGCAAUUGACUUUAAAGGAGACCAUGGUUCUUCUUCAGAGAGAGUGGACCAGCAGAGCUCAGAGUCCCCCAGAGGUCCGUCUGUCCAGCAGCAUCAGACACAGCUGGACUCCAUCUUUCAGCUGCUGGAGGACAACAUUGUCAUGUUUGUGAAGGACGAGCUGAAGAAGAUCCAGAAGGGUCUGAGUCCAGAUUACCCAGAAUCCCUAGAGCAUCUGUUGGAGGGUGAGGAUGAAGAGCAGAGGAGCAGCAGAGAUGCGUUUGUGAAGAUCACAGUGAACUUCCUGAGGAGAAUGAAGCAGGAAGAGCUGGCUGAGCAUCUGCAGAGCAGUACUUUUGCUGUUGAAGUUUGUAAAAAGCGGCUGAAGUCUAAGCUGAAGAAGAAGUCCCAGUGUGUGUUUGAGGGGAUUGUUAAAGCAGGAAACCCAACCUUUCUGAAGCAGAUCUACACUGAGCUCUACAUCACAGAGGGAGGGACUGGAGAGGUCAACGAUGAACAUGAAGUCAGACAGAUUGAAGCAGCAUCCAGGAAACCACACAAAGCAGAAACAACCAUCAGACAGGAAGACAUAUUUAAACUCCCACCUGGAAGAGAUGAACCAAUCAGAACAGUGAUGACGAAGGGAGUGGCGGGCAUCGGGAAAACAGUCCUAACACAGAAGUUCACUCUGGACUGGGCUGAAGGCAAAGCUAACCAGCACAUCCAGUUACUGCUUCCAUUCACCUUCAGAGAGCUGAAUGUGCUGAAAGAGAGAAAGUUCAGCUUGGUGGAACUUGUUCAUCACUUCUUCACUGAAACCAGAGAAAUCUGCAGCUUCGAAGAGUUCCAGGUCGUGUUCAUCUUUGAUGGUCUGGAUGAGAGUCGACUUCCUCUGGACUUCCACAACAAUGAGGUCCUGACUGAUGUUACAGAGUCCACCUCAGUGGAUGUGCUGCUGACAAACCUCAUCAGGGGGAACCUGAUUCCUUCUGCUCGUCUCUGGAUCACCACACGACCCGCAGCAGCCAAUCAGAUCCCUCCUGAGUGUGUCUCCAUGGUGACAGAGGUCAGAGGGUUCACUAACCCACAGAAGGAGGAAUACUUCAGGAAGAGGUUCAGAGAAGAGGAGCAGACCAGCAGGAUCAUCUCCCACAUCAAGACAUCACGGAGCCUCCACAUCAUGUGCCACAUCCCAGUCUUCUGCUGGAUCACUGCUACGGUCCUGGAGAAAGUCCUGGAAACCAGAGAGGGAGGGGACCUGCCCAAGACCCUAACUGAGAUGUACAUCCACUUCCUGGUGGUCCAGGCCAAAGUGAAGAAGGUCAAGUAUGAUGGAGGAACUGGGACGGAUCCACACUGGAGUCCAGAGAGCAGGAAGAUGGUGGAGUCUCUGGGAAAACUGGCUUUUGAGCAGCUGCAGAAAGGAAACCUGAUCUUCUAUGAACCAGACCUGAGAGAGUGUGGCAUCGAUGUCAGAGAGGCUUCAGUGUACUCAGGAGUGUUCACACAGAUCUUUAGAGAGGAGAGCAGCCUGUACCAGGACCACGUCUUCUGCUUUAUCCAUCUGAGUGUUCAGGAGUUUCUGGCUGCUCUUCAUGUCCAUCGGACCUUCAUCAAGUCUGGAAUCAACCUUCUGGAGGAACAAAGAAACACAGAAACUGACCUCUAUCAGAGUGCUGUGGACAAGGCCUUACAGAGUCCAAACGGACACCUGGACUUGUUCCUCCGCUUCCUCCUGGGUCUCAAACUGGAAACCAAUCAGACUCUCCUACGAGGUCUGCUGGAACCAAAACAAACAAGAUCUCAGAAAAAUCAGGAAGAAGUUGAUUACAUCAAGAAGAAGAUCAGUGAGGAUCUGUCUGCAGAGAAAAGCAUCAACCUGUUCCACUGUCUGAAUGAACUGAAUGCUGGUUCUCUGGUGGAGGAGGUCCAAUCGUCCCUGAGGUCAGGACGUCUCUCCACAGAUAAACUGUCUUCUGCUCAGUGGUCGGCUCUGGUCUUCAUCUUACUGUCAUCAGAAGAUCUGGAGGUGUUUGACCUGAAGAAAUACUCAGCUUCAGAGGAGUUUCUACGGAGGCUGCUGGACUGUAACCUCUCAGAGGACAUCUGUCCACUUCUGUCCUCAGUUCUCAGCUCUAAGUCCUCCAGUCUGACAGAACUGGACCUGAGCAACAACCACCUGCAGGAUUCAGGACUGAAGAAGCUGUGUCCUGGACUGGAGAGUCCACACUGUCACCUGGAGUCUCUCAGGCUGUCAGGCUGUCUGAUCUCAGAGAAAGGCUGUGCUUCUCUGGUCUCAGCUCUGACCUCCAACCCCUCCCACCUGAGAGAGCUGGACCUGAGCUACAACCAUCCAGGAGAGUCAGCAGUGAAGCUUUUGUCUGCUGGACUGGAGGAUCCCCGCUGGAGACUGGACACUCUCAGGGUGGAGCCUGCUGGACAACGAUGGUUGACACCAGGUCUGAGGAAGUAUUCCUGUCAACUCGCCAUCGACACAAACACAGUCAACAACAACAUCAAACUGUCUGACAACAACAGGAAGAUGAUGUGUGGGAAGGAGGAUCAGUCAUAUCCUGGUCAUCCAGACAGGUUUGAUUCCUGGUGUCAGCUGCUGUGUAGAGAAGUUCUGACGGGUCGCUGUUACUGGGAGGUCCAGAGGAGAGGGGCAGUUUCUGUAUCAGUGAGUUACAGAAGAAUCAGCAGGAAAGGAAACUCUAAAGACUGUUUGUUUGGAAGGAACAAUCAUUCCUGGAGUCUGGAAUGUUAUGAUGGUGGUCGGUACCGUGUCUGUCACAAUAACACUGUAACAUCUUCCUCCUCCUCUUCCUCAGUGUCUGACAGAGUAGCAGUGUAUGUGGACGUUCCUGCUGGAACUCUGUCCUUCUACAGCGUUUCCUCAGACAGACGGAUCCACCUCCACACCUUCAACACCACAUUCACUGAACCUCUCUAUCCUGGGUUCUGGUUCUGGCCUGGUUCUUCAGUGUCUCUGUGUUGAGUUCAGUCUCAAGAGUCUCCUCCUGGGAAAAAAAGGCAUCUUCACACUGUGUAUAAGUACACAGUGAGAAAGUGCAAAAAACACCUCAGCACAGAAAGCACAUGACAAUUUUACAUCAACUUCACAAGACUUAUAGCCAGGAAGGCAUUGAAAAAUAGGGAGGUGUGGUUAUCAGCAAAUGUAUGUGUGGCGGUGAGUCCAUGAACACGCUCAGAGCUGCCUCAGCCAAAGUCCUUGGUGUUAUCAGACCGCUCGGUCAGUUCCGAAAACUGGUCUGCGGGUGAUCUGGAGGGGGAAGGGUUAUUCCGGGGCAGAGUCACCUUGUUUACAUUCCUCCAGGGAGAUUGUGACUACAGCAAUCAGCCAAACCGCUGUGUCGAGGCCAGAUUAUAGAAUCAACAAUUUUUAUUGAAAAAACAGGCAGAGCAGUAAUUUUCCGUCAACCUUAAGUCUCUGGUUCCUCAAUGGCGACUCCAAACAGACGAAUUUGUGAUCAAUUCCCGCCAAGCCGAGCUUCCAACUUUUCCAAGUUCUUUUCCAUCUUGCCAAUGAGCUCGAAGACCGCCGCUAGCCUGCAAAAGCCUGCAUCCAGCUUGCGGCCUUGCUCCAACAGCGUUAAAGUCAGAGUGUUAGUCGCAGCGCUUAUCCCUUCAGUCACGUCAGGCAGCUCGGAGAGGGCCAAUGCAGCUGUCACCGACUUCCGCGUUUGUCGAUAGACGAGGAAUCCCCCCGCUCCAAGUAGGAGAAAUCCUGCUAUCAUAAAUGCAAUUAUGAAGGCUUCUUCAACGUCCUCGACAGACAGGAUCUUGAUACAUAAAGGCUUCCACUCUUUCCAAGAAUCCAUUAUAUAUCCAGAAAAGAAUGUCCCGUCGGGGCAAGAGGGCUCCCUCACCCCCUCACUUCUUGUCGCAAAAAUUUGGUCGAUUGGGCUGAGAGACCAGUUAAUCAAUUCCAUGAUUGUAGAGCUUCGAAGGAGUGAAAAGAAAAGACUCUGAAGACGAGACAGGACAAAAAGCAGUAGCAGGGCAGAUAGCUAAGGGAGAGGGAGCAGAGAAGCGUCCGCCUUCGCUGAGAGCCGGAAGAGAACAGCAGCAUGUUGUUUCUCUGCAGCUCAGUUCAGCUGAAAUCUUUAACUUCAUGUCAGCUACAGUUAGUUUGCUGCACAUGUGACCAACUGUGAUAUUAGAGAGGAAUCACUGAGCUGCAAUCAGCCCAGAUGAAGUUACAACCCGCCGACAAAUCUGAGCACAAGGUUGCUGUGCAGCUAGGGUUCAUCCUGGUCUUUAUUCAUACCCACUUCCCAAUAUUUGAUAUUCACACAUUAAAAGCGCUGCCUCAACAUUUCCUCACAAUAAUUAUAAAAUUGAUUAAUCAUGCUAGGAAACAUAUUUCAGCAUCAAACCCUUUUUAAUCUUAAUCCAUUUAGUUUGUUCCAAUUUUCAAAUGAUCACUUCUGUAACAUUUUAAAAGCAAAUCAAGAACAUCUUCAAAUCAAGUCCCAUUUAUACGAAACUCAACCACCAUAAGACUUUUAGCAAAUCAUGAAGUCCCACAUCUGUAGAAAUUAUCACGUAUAAAAAUAAUCGCAUAUUCAAAAUCCCCACAUUUGUACUAAUAAUCAAAUGUGUAGCACUGGUCUGAAGGUUUACAUGACAGAGUGGUUGAUUUAAGAGCAUCCAGCCACCAGGGGGGGCUGCUGCACUCCAUCCCGCUGAGUGCUGCUUAUCGUGUAGCAGGAGAAGAGAGACAAUGAUGAGGAGCUGGAUGAUGUGGAUGAAGCUGUUAUAUUACUUUGUGUAAUGAAUCUGAUGUUUGUGGUUCAGUGUGCGUCCAGAGAAAUGUAAGUUAUAUUGUUGUUUUUUGGAAGCACUUUUUUGUUGUUAUAUUUUAUAAAUCUGCUGGUGAGUAUAUCCAGCAGUGUUAUUUACUUUGCUAUUCAUUCAAAAGUCAUUUGUCAUAUUAUCUGAAUGUCACUGAUUGUUUUCUUUUUUGCCAAUUAAAUGUGAAAGUAUCUCAUGUAUAUGAUGUUCAUGUGAGUAACAUUAUUAUUUGGAUUGUGUGCUAUGGUUAAACAAACGUUUAUUGCGGUUUAUCAAUUUCUAUUAUUCUUUGGUUUAUUCUAGAACCACACACACACACCACAUCUGUAAGUGCACUCUCCAGACUGGAUUAAAGCACUGUAAAGGAAA